UUCGAUUGGUCUGCAGGGUUGUCCGUCCAUCAGAUCAUCGAGAUCUAGAGGGAGGUAGGUGUCAGCUGAGAAAAGUUCAGUUCUACUCGACGGGAUAUAACAAAUAUAACAUAUAUAUAUAUAUAUUAUAUGUAUAGUAUUUAUAAUGUAUAUGAGUUCUUCAGAUCGUAAAAAAUACGUCACUAUAGUUUGUCGUGCGACUUUGCGUGAUUGAAUCGAUCCGUACUAAGUAACGGAAUCCUAUACAAUUAAUUACAGAUAAUCUUAACAGCUGUCUUCAAAAUUAAUCUUACAGAGCCUUUCAAGAUGAUGAAUCAAUCUUUGACUGAUCCUCUGAUUUUGUCUGAAACAGACAUUGAAGGAGGUGGGAAGGAAGAGCGUAAUAGUGUACAAAAUGAUUUUGCAUAUCACAACAAUGUGCAUAAUGCUGCAAUUAAAAUUAGAAUGGCUUUUAUUCGAAAAGUAUAUGGACUUCUCAGUAUGCAAUUGCUCAUGACUGUAAUUAUCGCUGGGAUUUUUUGUCUAGUUGAGCCUGUCAAAUUCUAUGUUACACACACUGGCUGGCCUAUAAUGACAUCAUUCUUUGUCACCUUUGGAAUCCUCAUUGCUCUUCAUAUCAAGAGAAGAGACCAUCCGUCAAACCUCAUUUUACUAGCUUGUUUUACUUUGGUGCAAGCGUGUACAAUUGGAAUUGUUGUUAGUCUUUAUGAUGUUUUUCUGGUCCUCGAAGCACUUUUUAUAACUUUGACAGUUGUUAUUGCUUUAACAGCAUUUACUUUUCAAACAAAACGCGACUUCUCUGCCAUGCAUGCUGGACUAUUCUCUGGCCUCUGUGUUCUUCUGAUUGGUGGUUUAUUGCAAGUGUUCAUUCUGAGUAGCUUGAUGGAACUCCUACUUUGUGUUGGAGGUGCCAUGCUAUUCUCAUUCUUCAUUAUUUUCGAUACUCAAUUAUUGAUGAAGACUCUUUCUCCAGAGGAGUAUAUCUUAGCAACAAUUAAUAUUUAUUUAGAUAUUAUUAAUCUUUUCCUGUAUAUUCUCCGUAUUCUUGCAAUUGCGCGAAAGUAAUUUUUUUGUUGAAGUUAGAACUUUUAUUUUACUUUUCUCACACAUUAAAUUUUUUUAGAUAUUAUUUUCUAUUUUGUGCAGAUUAGAAAGCAUUUAUUUACCAAAAAGUUCAAUUCACAUCAUUUGGAAAUAAAAUUAAAAAUUUGAAUAUGUGAAUUAUAUUUUGACUCUGAUUCACAGUAUUGCUUUAAUUUGAUUCCAAUACAUAUAAGCUAUCGAAAAUAACUUGAAAGUACAUACAAGUUGAGCAGUUAAAGUAUUUUUUACUUGAAUGAACGAUACAAAGCUUUCUUUAAAAGGAAGCAAAACUUUUCUAGCAAUCAUACUUUUUGUUAAUUAAAAAGUAUAUAAGCGGUAAUCAAAAUUUUAAGUAGCAAUUAUGAAAGUAUAGUAAAUUAUCGAUAUUAGCUGUAUACCUACAAUAUCCACUUUAUAUUCUAGUUACUUAUAAAAAGAAGUCAAUAGUAUUGUUUGCAGUAAAUUGUUAAAUAUUGUUGGUGCAACUAAUGUUUGAAUCUAUUCGUAUGAAAAAGCAAAACAUAAGUUCAAAGGAAUAAUAGCUCUAUUCCAUUUUCUAUUUAUAAUGUAAGGCAAUAAGGUUACAAACUUUACAAGUAUAAUAAUACAAAUGUGUUAAUAUGUGUAAUAUAUUGGUUGAAGGGAUAUACUAAGAGAAAAUUAAUUAUUUUAUUCUCAGAAAAAACAAAAUUAACGCAACUUUAUAGCAGUAUUUUAAAAUUUUAACAAGUGUAUAUGUAUUAGUCAUCAAAAGAUGGCUGUUGGAAUAGGGUACUCAUAAAGUCUGGAGUUUUGCAAAUGAAUGCACAAAAUCUAUAAGUAUGGGGUUUGUGAAAUGUAAUUCGUUUUAAAAAAGUGAACUGUGUGAUAAAAUUUAUCUUUUAGCGUGAAUUAAGCUUAUGAUGUGUAACGAAUCUAAUGGUGCGUUUAAAUGUUUGUAAUUAUUGAUUCAACUGGCAACUGUAAUUUAACGUGUUAGGAUAGUAAUGAGUGAUUGUAAUGAAUUGUAAUAAUUGGAAAAUGUAAGCCAAGGGUAGCAAAAAACUGUUUACGAAAACAGUACACAAUAAGCGUCAAUUUUUACAGCAAUCCUUCUUUUUAAGCUUCCUAGAUUUCCAGUGUAAUCACGUUUUAUUUUGUGCAAGUAAAUAUAAAAAAUUUUUUUUUGAAAAAAACAAAAAUAGUUUUUUAAUCUUUUUUUUUAAUAUUAUUUCGAUUACAGUCAAAACUGUAGUAUUUGAAAUAAUACAUAUUUUUUUAUUAAAGAAAAGGGCGAAGUGGUCAGAUUGAAGUUUUACGACGUUUCCAUAGCAGCAGCGCUCUCUUCACU